AUGAAGAAAAUAUUAUUUUUUCUUUCCUUGUUUCUUCUUUCUUUCCUUGUUUCUUCUUUCUUUCCUUCUUUCUUCUUUCUUUCCUUCUUUCUUUCUUUCUUUCUUUCUUUCUUCUUUCUUCUUUCUUUCCUUCUUUCUUCUUUCUUUCCUUCUUUCUUUCUUUCUUCUUUCUAUCUUUCUUUCCUUCUUUCUUCUUUCUUUCCUUCUUUCUUCUUUCUAUCUUUCUUUCCUUCUUUCUUCUUUCUUUCUUUCUUUCUUCUUUCUUUCUUUCUUUCCUUCUUUCUUUCUUUCUUUCUUUCUUUCUUUCCCUCUUUCUUCUUUCUUUCUUUCUUUCUUUCCUUCUUUCUUCUUUCUUUCUUCCUGUAUUUUUCUCCGUUUUUCUUUCUAUUUUUCUUUCUUCAUGCAUUUUUCUUUUUUUUCUUUCUUUUUCUUUCCUUCUUCGUGCAUUUCUUCUUCUUUCUUUCUUUUUCUUUCCGUUUUUCUUUCUAUCUUUCUUUCUUCGUGAAUUUAUUCUUUUUCCUUUCCUUUUUCCUUUUGAAAUUUCAUCUUUUUUCUUUCUUUCGUCCUUUCUUCAUUUCUUUCUUUCUCUCUUUCUGUUUCAUGCAUUUUCUUCGUUUUUUCUUUCUUUCGUAUUUCUUCUUUCUUUCUCCCUUUCUUUCUUCGUGUAUUUAUUUUUCUUUCUUUCUUUCUUUCUUUGAUUCUUUCUUUCUUUCUUUCUUACUUAUUUUCUUUCUUUCUCUAAGCAUUUCUUCUUUCUUUCUGUCUAUCUUUCUUUCUUUCUUCCUUGUUUUUCUUUCUUACUUUCUUCAUGAAUGUUUUCCUUCUUUCUCUCUUUCUUUCUUGCAUUUAUUCGUUUUUCUUUCUUACUUUCUUUUUUUUUACCCCCUCUCCUCUUCAUAUUUCCUUUCCUUCUUUUCUAUUUGCCUUCCUUCAAAUGUUAACCUAUAUUCUUGA